AUGCUUGCUUUUGACCCAGUCGCCUCUCCCUUUUGUGUCAGCUAUCUAUCCAUGACCACGCAUAUCAUCACUGACUAUGCAAACCCCACAACCGAUACUGCAACGACCAAUACCGCGUCAGAGGCUACAGUUACGUCUACGCGAUCGGUUGAGACUAUUACAUGCCUUGACACGGCUUACUCCUACGUUGCCCCAGUUCCUACCAUCGACCGAGGCAGCCCGCAUCCAGACAAGCGUGGUCAGGGUGAAAUCGAGGUCCCUGAGGCGAUACCUUCUGACUGGACUGAGGCUCAAACCUCUGAUAUCUGCUCCUGUCUUGAUCUUGAGGAACCUACGACACAUACAACCAUUACUGAGACCUCGACCGUCACAGCUUGGGUCGUCGAGACUACCCUUGCUGAUAAGAACGACAUUGCCUACCGAAGAUUCAACUCCCCUUUCGACGCCUACGACUAUGACAGUGGUUUCGGAACCGACUACUUCAAAGGCAAACCCGUGCUAUCGUCAGGCAACGGGCAGACCUAA